AGACAACCUGCUAGUAGUCGCGGCGCAUGAGAGGGAAGUGGUUAAUAGAUGCGAGUAGCACGAGGUAGUUCGCAUAUUCCGUCGCUCUGAGAUCGGAUUUGCUGUCAGUGAUGGACAGACAUUAAGAUCAAUUACUGUUAAGUAACUAAUGUCAAAAUAUAAAUGUAAUUAUAGGCUAUUAUUUUGUGAACUACAGUAGUGUUAAUAAACGCACCGAGUUACGGAUAUAAUAUCAAGUAAAUCGAGCUCAGGCAUCGAAGUUAAAAUAAUCUCAAGGUUUUGUCAGCUCAGUUGUGUGUAGUGACGGCCUGUCUGUACGAAUGAGAAGUUGGUGCGUGUUCGUGUAGCGGCUUUUAAGAGUUGGAACCGAAUUAAGCAGGAUGGUGGAAGCCAGUAGCACUUCACUGGAGCUAGACCUCACAACUGACAACAGUACGUUGUACUGGAUCCCCGAGAGCCAAAGAGUACGCGAGUUGGAAGACGAGUAUAUUCUGGGAGACAUCAUCGGAAGGGGCGCCUCUUCAAAAGUAUACAAAUGCCUACACAAAGGAAAGACAGAAUGGGCCUGCAAGGUGCUCGAAAAGGGACGUCUGAACAGGAAGUUGGUACAAACUGAGAUUGGAAUUUUGCUUAAGCUUCGACACCCACACAUCAUACAGCUGCGGGAAGUGUUCGAGACACGGACGGAGAUCCAGCUAAUUCUUGAGCUCGUGACGGGAGGAGAGCUGUUCGAGCGCAUUGUGGAGCGCGGUCAUUACUCAGAGCACGACGCAGCCGAGGCUGUUCGACAGAUCCUUAGCGCCUUACAGUACCUGCAUGCACAUGGUGUGGUGCACCGGGACUUGAAGCCCGAGAAUCUUCUGUACGAAUCGGAGCAUGAAGAAGCCCACCUCAAACUGGCAGACUUCGGUCUCAGCAAGAUGCUGCAUCGCGGGGACUUCACCAUGAAAACACUCUGUGGAACAGUGGGCUACUGCGCUCCUGAGAUUCUACUGAACAAAGAAUAUGAUGCUUCUGUUGACCUCUGGAGUUUAGGAGUCGUCACUUACAUAAUGUUAUGUGGAUUUGAGCCUUUUUGGGAUGACACAGGAGAGAUGGCUGUAUGUCGACAUAUUGUUGAGGGAGAAUUCAGUUUUCCGUCACCUUGGUGGGAUGACAUCUCAGACAGUGCCAAGAAUCUCAUCAGACAGCUCCUCCACAUUGAGCCUUUGAAGCGGCCCACUGCAGUAGAGGCUCUGAACCAUCCAUGGGUCCGUGGUGAGACUCCACGACGAAAUCAUAUGGGUAGCACUAUUAAAAGACUUCGGGAAUUUAAUGCACGAAGAAAAUUUAGAGCAGCAACACAUGCUGUGUUGGCAACACACAGAGCCAUGUACCUCAUAUCUCCAGAGCGAAAGACAGCUAACAAGAACUCGCCUCCCUCCAACCAGUUUUAAUGCGUUGUGUAAUAUACUCUUGUACAGAAGUGUUUAUGUGACAUUUGUAAAUAUCAGCCUUUUCAUUCCACCUAUCAGUAACAAUUUCAAGAUUAAUUACAUCCACCAAACUCAAAGAAAAGCAGCAGAUGUUAAGUUGUAUACAUCAUCAAUUUAAUAUACAAAAUUCACAGAAUAUUUCUCUGCUUUACAUGUAUAAAAACUGCAUGAGCACAAAAUGUGUAAUUUUUACCUGCAAGAAUAUCAGUUUACAAAAUUAUCUCUUAAAUGAUAGUGUUACAUCAAACAGAAUCUAAGCACAUAAUAUCCCAAUAGGACUGUGCAAACUUACAAAUAUAAAUUUGGAUAAUGAAAAUGUCAGGAAGUGGAAAUAGCUGAAGAUUGUGCAGUUCUUGGUCUCAUAAAGGCUGGAUUCUGUUUAAUUUGAAAACCUGGCCACAAGUCUGCACUACCAUGUUCAUACAUUUAAUUCCAUAAAAAUUUCAUAAGAAAUCAAUAACUAUGAUUCUAAGACUGAUGGUACCAAAUUUCACUUUUUAAUUACAUAAACUGCAAGUCAUCAUGUUAUUAAUUUGUCUUUUAGACAAAAAAAGAUGUCAAUAAAACCUGUAUAUUUAUAAGGGAUCCAUUUUUAUACAGUCUUUCAGGAUACUACACUGAGUCAUUCUUACGGUGUUUCCACAUCAGAUGUGCAAAUGAUCACUGUGAUGAAAGUAUUGAUACAACUGUUUUUUCAUAAUUCAGUAAAAAUGAAUUUUGCUGAGAUUACAUCCCUCUGUGUUACAUAUUUUAUUUCAUUGUGAAUUAACACUACACAAAUGAGUGUAUGUAACUGUUCAUAACUGCAAAGAUUACAGUAUUGGGCUUAAUAAUGUUAUUAAUUUAGUUCAUUCUAUGAUAUUUUUGUAUCUGAUGAAGCAACAGUUUUCUGAGUAGCAGCAUUCUACACCAGUAUCAAUUACAGUUGAUAUAGAAAUGGUUUACUGACAUGCAUAUCUUCAAUCCUUGAAGAUGGUAAAACUUUCAUUUUAAGAUGCACUGUAUAAUAGGAGGAACAUGGUAAUUGAAAUAGUUGUAAAUGGUCAUGUGAUUCUCAGUCAGUAGCUGAACCUCACUUACUGCAUUUCAGAUGAGGCAUGAAGCAACUCAGUAUAAAAAGUUUAUGUAGUAGCAUUAUUUAGAUGCAUAUUAAUUUAAUUACUUUUCAUCAUGAAGCAUUUAUAUCUCAAUUGUGAGUAAACAUUAUCUUGUGUUUUAGUCACAAGUUAGACCUUCACUGAGAUAGUGACAUCAUUAUAUGUUACCAUUAACAAACAUGGCAAUGGGGCACAACUUGGAAAUUACAGAUGACAACUGAAUGUACAGUCUGUACUAGUAAUGAAUUGAAAUGAACUAAAAUUAAAUAUCCAUGGAUUUUAAUGUUACCAUCCCAUGACAGAUAUUACAAAUCCAUCAAGUGGUUUGGGAGCUGAAAAAUGUAGAUGUAUUGACACAAAUGUCCCCAAAACAUGCAUACACAUGAACAGCUGGCUUCAUAUAAACUUGGAUUGCACAGAAUGUCUGACCUCAUUACAUGACUCACAAUUUUAUGGAAUAUGUAUGUUAGAGAAUGUAGAUUGCUCAUCUUGAACAGAAAUAUUUACUGCAUUCUGUAAUAGGGAACAAAACUCGAAUGAAAGUAAGUAAGAUAAGGUAAAGUUGUCCCUGUGCAUAACUAUUUAAGCGCAAUGCCAUGAAAAUGUACGGGGGAGUGCGCCACAUUUUAAAAAUUUAUGUAUGUGAAAAAGAGAAAUGAUGAAGGAAAAGAAUUGCCGCAUUUAAUUCCUAAAUGAACAUUUAAGAGGUAAACUGGAUACCACCAGCAAAAAAAAAAUAUAUGCAGUAUAUGCCUACAUGUAAACAAUAAAAUAGAAAUAUUUGUGACAUAAAGCGGAAGUAAAUGUCUUUAUAUUAGUCAUAGAAUUUAAUAAAAACUUCUUACUGAAAGUGUGAAGCAGUUGCUUCAUCUUGGCUCGAGUACACUCGUGUAUUUUGGGGCCAUGAACUGUACACCAACUAUAUGACAAUGAAACUAUUAUAUCAGUGAUGUCUGAUCUCUUAUUUGAUAACAGAAUCUGCAACACUGACAUUAGUUGUUUCUGCCAGUGCAAGAUCAAAAGAGAACAGUAGUUCAAAACGUUACUCACAGCUUCUAAUGUAAUUCUGUAAUAAUUUUCAUAUUAGUUCUUGCCAUGUAUUUCCCUUACAGUUUUAUUAUACAUGAAAACAAGUUAUUAAGCUUUUCUUCUAUUACAAUUCAGAUUAUUUUAAAUGAUAUGUACAUUGUACUAUAAAAUACAGCAGUAAUUUUGUGUAGUCUAUUUUUAUUAUUCCUCAAGAAUAUAUUUAACAUUUUUUAGUUAUCCAGAAUUUAAUACAUAUUGCCUGUGCAUAGGCUACUUAAUAUGUAGUGCAUUACAGUACUGACAAAUUUCAGGAGUAGUCAAUAUAUUCAAUAAAUGUGCUUUUUAUUUCUGUUAUCUUGCAUUCACCAAUAAAAUCUUGCAAGGCCAGGCCA